UCUCUCUGUGUCUCUCUCUCUCUGCUUGUCUCUCUCUCUCUGUGUCUCUCUCUCUCUCUCUGUCUCUGUCUCUCUCUCUCUUCACAGGACUCACAGUUGCUGAUUUGGUCUUUCCCUGGUUUGUGUUCAUCAUGGGCACAUCUAUAUCCCUGUCUGUCAGCUCAGCCCUGCGAUGUGGUUUGUCACGUUUCUCUCUGUUCACCAAGGCAGUCUGGAGGAGUGUUCAGCUCUUCCUCAUAGGACUCCUCAUCAUCAACCCCAACUACUGCCAGGGACCACUAUCAUGGGACUCCCUGCGUAUCCCUGGCGUGCUUCAGCGUCUGGCCUUCUCCUAUCUAGUGGUGGUCUCUCUGGACCUCUGUGUGGCCUGGAACAGCCUGGACAACCUUCCUGUGGAUGCUUGGUGGUACUCUGCUCGUGAGUUCCUGCUCUACUGGCCAGCCUGGCUGUGUGUGGUCGUCUUGGAAACCGUGUGGCUCUGUCUCACCUUCCUGCUCCCUGUUCCUGACUGCCCAAG